AAUGCUCACCUAGAGAGCCCUUGCUUCAACAUCCGUUUACACCAUCCCAGAGAGCCCUUGCAAGGAGCGCCAUGUUGAUCUAUCAGGAUAUUUUGACUAAUGAUGAACUUCUCUCUGAUUCAUUUCCUUACAAGGAAAUUGAGGAAGGACUGCUAUGGGAAGUUGAGGGAAAGUGGGUUGUUCAAGGAGCUGUUGAGGUAGAUAUUGGAGCAAAUCCAUCUGCAGAAGGUGGCGAAGAGGAUGAGGGUGUGAAUGACACUGCCACUAAGGUUGUUGACAUCGUUGAUACAUUUAGACUCCAGGAACAAGCCACCUAUGAUAAGAAGAACUUUGUUGUAUAUAUGAAGAAAUACAUUAAAGCAAUAUCGGGUAAGUUGACUGGAACUGAACUAGAGGAGUUCAAAAAGAAAAUUGAGCCAGCAACCAAGUACCUGCUUGGAAAGCUUAAGGAUUUGCAAUUUUUUUCCGGCGAGAGCGGUACAGAUGAUGGCAGUCUUGUGUUCGCUUACUACAAGGAGGGUGCCACUGACCCUACAUUCCUCUACCUUCCCUAUGGUCUGAAGGAGGUUAAGUGCUAAGUGGUUGAUUUUACCUGUGGUGUGUUCAACGAGAACUAUAUAUAUUCUAUGUGUUUUCUUGUAGUGCUAGCUCCUAAUAUUUGUAUUUUUGUGUUUGUGUGAUGGGAUUCUCAAAGUAUCUGUUAUGUAUUUGUAUCUUUCAUUUUUGAACAUUUUUGAAGAAUGAUGAUUGCUUUUUGUUUCUAAAAAA